GCGGCUCGUAGUUCCCUAAAUCGAUACACGCGCAGUGUUGUUUGCACCGUUCUAUGAGAAAUGUUGCCGGAGUUCGCGUUUCACGGGCAUUCGACAGGGAAUGUCUGAACCUCGGCGGCACAGUAGUUAUCCUAGCGUGGUAUUCGAUCGAGAACCGUCAAAUCCGAGUCGGGCGAAGAGACCGUGAGAAUAAAGCACAGUGCAACUACCGGGGAGAUUCGAGGGUUCGCGAGUGGCCGUCCCCGUCAUUGAUUUCCAAGCAUGCCGCGCGCAAAAACCCGCAGCUGUAACGCGAUCAUCGUAUUUUGACGAUAAGCAAAUCAUGUUAGUGUUAAUAAACCGUGAAGCAUACUUAAAUGAACGUGCUGCUUCAUCCUUUUUAUUGAAACGAUCUCGAGCGAAUAGUUAAUUUCGCAGUGAUUACCGGCAUGAAACGUACAUAUAGCUAGCAGCUCUUCGCAAUGGAUGGGACGAUGUUACGUUAAUACCGUAAGAACUUUUAAUCCAGUUACGUUAUGCAUUUAGCCGAAUUCUGUCGCGCGAGUGAUAUUCCAGCUUGAAACUCAAUUUCAAUCAGACGUGACGAUUAUCCAUAUCAAGGGACUUCAUAUCGUGCUUUAGAAUAUGAAUUUAAUAAGCGAAUACGCGUAUGGCCACUCUUAUAGUCUCGCAGUAAUUGUGAAACAGCUGUUGUAAGCUGUAACAGUUUGUCCGAUAACGAGGGUGAUUCAUUCACGUCACGUUGAAUAUGGUUUUGACACCGGAAGGAUAAUCGAUGCUCGGGAUCAAGUGCGUUAAUUAUCCAUAAAAGGGAAACACGCCUGUACUUAGUGUAGUUUAAGUGAUGGAAACGCUUGCCGGCGAAGAGAUCAACCGGAUGAUGUCACGUUUCGCGGAAACCUUCUUUUAACCAGAUGGUUUGUGGCAGUGAUGCCCUCGUCGGAGGAGGAAAGCCAGUGGCUCGUUGGCAGCGGGGGUGGCCUCGCAUCUUCCGGCGGUGGCACGAUAUCCGGGACUGGAGAAAAAACGCUGAAUAUUAGAAGUGGAUUGUACACUGAAGAGAUGACGACGCAACCGGCAAACGCGAACACCGCGGGGGUGAACGUGGCUUCCGCCGAUUCCGCUGAGCACGAUCUUAUUGACUCGACCGCGGACGCGACCCUUCUAGCGCAAUUUCACGAGGAUGCUAUCAAACAGGCUGGGGUUGGUUACUUUCAACUAUUUGCUGCUGUAUGCACAGGCUUGAGUCUCGCCGCAGAUACUGUUGAAUUUUUUGUUGUACCAUAUAUCCUGCCAAGUGCAGAGGUCGAACUGUGCAUUGAGGAUAAUGAGAAAGGAUGGCUCAGCAACAUUACGUUAAUGGGACUAGCGUUAGGUGGAUUAUUCUGGGGUGGCUUAGGAGAUAGGAUUGGUAGACGUAGAUCUCUGUUAUCUGCAAUGUCUGUUCAUGCUCUGUUCAGUGGCGUUGCCACCUUCAUGCCAACCUAUGGCACAUUUAUGUGCGCUAGAUUUUGUUCUGCGAUUGGAGUAGGAGGAUCUAUGCCAUUAGCAUAUGCAUAUCUGGCAGAAUGUUGCCCAAGAUUAAGCAGAAGUAGGUGGAUAGGGUUGUUGGUAGCAGCAGGAGCACUAGGUGGUGUCUAUGCGGCCCUCCUAGCUUGGGCAGUGGUUCCUACAACCGGCGAAAUGGUGGUCCUUGAGAACAAGGAACAUUUUAGUGCUUGGCACCGUUUUCUUUUGUUCUGUUGGUUGCCCGCGUUAUGCUCUACUCUUGGACUAAUUUUUCUACCAGAAAGUCCGAGAUAUUUGGUAGAAGCUGGCAGAGAUGUGGAAGCUAUGAUGGUGUAUCAGAGAAUAUACAAGAAGAACAAUGCACGUAAGGGUGCAACAGGUGCACAGUAUCAACUUUCUGAAUUAGAGCUUCCAACUAAGAGGCCUCGUGGCUUGGCACCUCCGUCUCCUACUAAUCACACUAGCGUUUUGGCUGAUAUUAUUUAUUCCAUUGAAAUGUUUUGGAAUUCCUUCUUGGAAUUAUUCAUAUCCCCUCAUUUACGCAUCACGAUAGUGCUUAUAAUUAUUUGGUCAACUGUGUCAUUUGGACUGUACGGCCUUAUGGUUUGGUGCCCCGAGUACCUCAAACUUCUACGCGCUACAGAAUACAAAGCUCACACUGAAAUUAUAGCCGACAAAGCAUACCGAGGUACAACUUUCAAUGUUUCUUUAGAAAAUCGUCAAUACAAAGAUUCGAUUUUCCUCAAUUGCAAAUUCACGAAAAUGGUAUUCAGUCAUGUCGAUUUCGAUAACUGCACUUUCCAUUCCGUGGAAUUUAGUAGUAUUAAAUCAAGUAAAACUCACUUUACGGACAGCAUUAUCGUACACUCGAAAUUCGUGGAUACUGAUUUAUCCGCACAAGUCUUUAUCAAUUGCAAACUAGAGAAUAACACGGAGUUGAGUAUAAGCGGUCCUUGCCCGACCCUCGAUUUGGAUUAUAACAUUUACAUAGAGGAAGCAUUGCACGGUCAUCUAGUUGCUCAAUUGGCCUUUGUGCCCGCCGCUGCAUUAGCCGGUCUAGCGCUCACAGUACUUCAGCGACCAAAAAUGAUCGGUAUUUCGUUGUUCCUCUCCUCAAUAGGUGCAAUAUGUUUGAUCCUUGUGGGCACGAACAGCUCGGCAGUGCUUGGUUUCGAAGGUAGUUUCGCAGCGAUAUUUGCCAUCGCUUGGACUUCGCUCACAGUGGUCACUAUUGAAAGCUUCCCUACUCAUUUAAGGUGUACCAGUUUCGGAUUUAUAGCGGCCGUUGUAAGGAUAUGCGGUUUAAUAGGGACUACGACUUACAAAACCUUAGUCGGUGCGCCGUUAGUCGCGCCAGCAUUGUUAACAGCGUUACCAUUGUUAAUAGCCAGUGUGGCGACGUUUAAAUUGCCGCACACGCAUACGGUUUUCUUGUAAGGAAUAUCGCUAGCCAAUGGAGAAAUGCUAUCGGAUGAAAAAAAAAGACGUUUUUAAUCUAUAUUUUAAUGGGGAACCAAUGAUGAGCCACGGUGAUAUUUUCGAUUGUUACACUGGGAAAUGUUACGACACGACUUGGAAAUUCUUAACGACGAAUUUCUACGAUAGGAGAAAUGAACGAGGCGUUUUCGGACAAGAGCGAAUCGUUGAAUAUUUGCGACUGAACUAGAAAUAAUUUAAUUCGAUCGAAGUGCGACUUCGUACAAAACAAAAGUGACAUAUCCUAAACUAGGAAUGAUAAAUAAGUGGUCUGCGUAAAUAAAAAUUUGGAUAAUUCAAAACGCACAGAAAGUGUGUGCCGUGGUAACGCUGCAGCAUGGAUCUUCUUAUAAGACUUUGAUACACGUGUUCUAUGCGGCGAAGAGGUCAUUGUUGUAGCGAAAAUAAACCGACGCAAAAAAAGACAAGGUAAGUGCGAACGUUCGCGUAUCGCGUUACAUGAAGCUUACGAUUCAUCUAAUUGUGCGACGCGACUCUCGACAGAAGUGUCAUAAAAAGUCCACAUGUUGUUUGUAAAGCUGUAUUUUAUUAGGGGCUAUAGCCACGAAACGUGUCAAUUUUAAUGGACGUUUUUAAAGGGAGUGGGAGGGGUUUGCUUCGAAAAUUGUCACCUAUAACGAUACACGCCACGCAUAAUAGGAAAUAUCAAGGGAGGACCGUUGACAAAUUUUGCUUACUGAAAACGCAUUUCAAUAUACAUAACUGAAUAGAAGCACGGAGUGUUACUCAUAACUAAUAGUGUAUAGAUGUUUCUUCUGUUUUCGAACUAGAUUAGAGCAAUAAUUAUGCAUGAUACCAAAAUUACUACAUUAUAAUAAGCUGUAAUCGAUGGAAGAAAAAGUUUGCCAAGGACAGUAAAUUUUUAUAUUUACAAAUCGCUACAUACGCUUCCGCCAUUUGAGAAAAUGAAAUAUCUACGUAUACAUCUACGCUACAUGUAUAAUGAAAGGAUAUUAGUGAACCUUGGAUCGAGUAAUUAAAAAAGCAGUUCUUUCUAAGCUGGAUGAAAAAUAAACUCCAGCGGAGAUACGCAUAUGUAAUGAUCGCUUUUUAACAAUUUACCGCAGUAUCUAAACGCUGGAUUCGGCUAAUUAAAAAGAAGGCAACGAAUGCUGCCGCGUGAAUCUUAAACAUCUUAAAAUCGAAGACUUGAAACGAAACGAGAUAGAAAUAGAAGCUUCAGCUUCGUUUACGUAAAUCCGAGAGAUUAUCGCCUCUAGUCAACUUUUAACUCGUUUUUAGGCUUACAGGAUGCGAACGAAAAAGUUGGACAAACAUUUGACAACACAGUAGACUAUGAAGAUACAAAAAACGUGUACAUCGGGGUUUUAAUUGUAUAAAAUUGAAAAAGACGGUUAAUUAAAUUUUACGAAAAUUUUACUAGAAUUUUACCUGUCAUCGCAGGAACGAAAUUGCGACGACAUGCCAAAGUUGUAUGAAAAUAAAAAUUAGUUCCUCGACAACGGAUGAAUAUUUUUAGGCAAUAAGGGCAUAAAAUAAGUUUUAUCAUCACGAUUAUCGGUGUACGUCAUUCUUAUUGCAACUUAAAAGGAUAGUAAUAAGUAUUUAAGGAAGUUUCAUUAGUGAGACAAUGAAGAAACAGCUGUCGGCAAACUUAAUCGUGUAAAAGUCUCAUAGAUUUACAUAUUGGACUGCGCGUCUCGUGAGAGAAUUUGAAGCCUACAUUACAUCAGCUGGACGUAUGCAUCUUUUUCUAAAUGUCAAUAUAAUAUUUAUGCCUUGUACAAUAAACUAUUCAAUACAUAAAUAUUAGAUUGAUAAUUAGAAAGAGACCCAGCUACACUGUAAUCUAGAUUUCAACUUCUCUUACGCGCAAUCUGGUAUAUAAAUCUAUGAAAAAUCUGCGUCCCGUUAUGGUUAGUGAACUUUUCCAUAUCAACUUGUUGGCGUUUGGUUUAAAUGUACAAGAAAAAUAAUAUCAACGUUAUUAAUCAAAUGCUACUAACGUCCGUUUUAGAAACAAGUAGAAUGACUCGAGAUUGUCUCAUUAACCGCACAAUAUGUUUUCUUUAUUACUGCUUAUAUAAUUUUUCGUACUCGAAUAGAAAACAGAACUUGCAAAUCCGGUGGUGAACUGUCGUAACGACACAGUUGAACAAAUAGGGUACAAUAAUUUCCUAAUCUAGAUUUGCUAUAGUUGAAGUUAAACAUUGAUUUGAUUACUCGGAUUCGAAAGACUGUAGAAUAUCGAGGCCAAUGGAUUUUUAAUUAAUGAAAAUUGUGCUGUUACAGGCACUGAAAUGAAAUUCAUCGUCGCCUGUAGAUAAUAUAUUUUAAUCAACAUACCACUUAUCAGUGAGCACUUUAGAUUCAUAGGCUUUAAUUAGACUAAUUGUAUUUAGAGAUACGUAAGAGGUGAUAUAUUCCAAGUCAGCGAAAUUACGGUGUGCGUGUACAGGGAAAUGUUUUAAAUAAGUUCUCGUAGCGAAAUAGUGGGCGAUCGGUUUUUAUUUUAAUGACGACUGUUUCGUACGCGGUUCCAUUAUCAGCCGAUUGAAUUACAACAGAUAGUUUCUAAAAUACUCGUGUGAUCAGUGCAAUGAUAUAUACACAUAUACAUAUCUAAAUGUACGCAACAUUUUCACUUUUUUUCCAUCUUCGAAUGAAAAAAGAAAAUUGCUCAGAUAAUUGAAUGUUAGCUACUCAUCAUCAGAACAGCCAGUAACUUUAUUAAUACAGAACUUCUAUUUAAUUAAUAUUAAUUUAAAUUGAAGAACUUUUAUUUAAUUAAUUACAUUAAAUCUUAUUAGUCUCUCAUUAGAUAAAAGUUCUUUAAUUAAUACAUUGUUUUAUAAAAAUGUCUCAAUAAUAUACAGAUUUUGUUUUAAACUUGCAUUUGUUUUAAUUAGUAAUGUCUAUUGAAAGAGGAUGUUAUUUAUUUUGAGUAGCGCGUUCGGUGGAGACUGAAGAAUCAGUUAAUAAUCGCCGUAAUUUUCAUUUUCUUUAUAUAGAGACUGUGUCUUCACAUUUAAUUGUGUAAUAUUUAAUUAGUUAAGACGGAAUUGUACUGUCAAGUAUGCUAAGGAGAGGAAGCGAAUCCUUUAAAGCUUUGUAUUCUGUUUGCACUUUAUACCGAACAAUUUUCAUGAUAGUUUAAGCAGUUGAGUUCGUUUUAGAGUAAAACUACAAUUUCUAUAGUUUCUCUUGAAAAUAAAUAAGAAUACACAUUCAUCCUGCCAAGUUGCAGAUACAAUAUUUUUCAUAUGUACAAUAUGCUAAAAUUAUAAUGUAUGCUGGAAUGAAGCGUUAAUAACGAGGAUAUUUCUGUUUUGCAUAGUUCACUGUCUUCGUAAUUGAUUUGAAGCUGUUACUAUGAACGAUCAGUAAUAUUAAACAAACUGUGCAACCAGUACUUAAAAAAUAAAGAUCACGAUACUGUUUGCUGUCACAGUGGCUCGUUAAGAAACGUUGAUUUCAGAAAUUAGUGAGAAUAUUGCGAUUUAAUUACGUAGGAUAUAUUCAGUCGAUUUAAUAGAGACUGUUAAUCUUAAGAUAGAUACGCAGAGAACUGAAAUCAUUUUUUCUCGAAUGUUUGAUCGAUUAUGACAAAAUUGAGACUACUUUCUGUUACGUGAAAAAGGCAGCUCUUUCCUUUCUCAACUUUUUAUACAUGGGAAACGUGAAUCUUUCUAUUACUAUUUAAAAUUUUUAAUGAAAAAUAUCUUUUUUUCGAGGGACCCAAAUGAAAAACAGAAUAACUUUAUCAUGCUUCGUACAAGAUUCGUACACCUAUUCAAAUAACAAGAUUAAUCGAUUAAUUUGUACUACAGCAAUACGUACAUAAAAGAAAAUUGUUGGAACGAUCGCAAUUAUAGUUUUAGGUAUAUAUAUACAUAUAUACAUAUAUAUAUAUAUAUAUAUUUAUCUUGCAAUACUUUUAGAGCACUCGUUUUACGAUAAAGGAAGGAAUUUGUAUAUAAUUUUUAAGAGAAAUAAAUAAUCUACAAGCUCUUGCAAAUUUUAUGGCAAUAUGUAGUGAACUAUUCGUAAUAUUAAAUGAUAUGUAAUUAUCAUUGUUAUAUUAGUGUCAGAAUUAUCGUACUGAAUGAAUCAAUUUAAUUGAAUUUCACCUCUCGAAACCCAUAGGACUCGAUGAGUUCUUCAGUGUUUUAAAUACGUUUUGAUUUAUAUAAUAUCGACGAACUUAGAUAUAUCUAAGGUUACUUGAAAUAAAUGUUCGACUCGUGAACGCAAACUGUUCGACAAAUCGAAUUAGGCAAUCCACGUAGACAGUAUGUACUUUUAUUCCACUGUAAUUCUGCCAUAUCGGAUGAGAAGCUUUUGAAAAUAGUCGAACGAGAUAAACUCCAAAUUCGUGAUAUACAAUACAUAUGUACUCCUCUGUAUUCUGUCGCUCAGUUUUUUAAGUUAGUAAAAAAUUUACUUGAACCAAA